CUUUUCUUUUCCGGGUCUGGCCACUCUGUCUCUCAGCUUCUUUUCCGUACCUGCCUGCUUUCUGUGGCCCAGUGUUUCUGUUUUUCUUCUGCGUGACUGUCGAUCGGGUGCUCGCGUUUUCUUCCACCACCGCUGGGUACUGCAGCUCCAGCCCGUCCCUCCCUCCUUUUGCUCGUGUUCUGUUUCGCGGCGCGUGUCUGAGUAUCCCGAGUGCGAGCGAGCGUCCCUUUCCUUUGCUUUCGCUUCCGCGUUUCGGUGUCUCUCUACCUCUUUCCACUGCUUUUUUCUCGCGCCUCUCCGUGCGGUAAGUCGUUGAGCUCGACGGGGUCCUGGCAGAGGCAGAGAAAGGCGGGGAAAGCGAGUUCUCUGCGCGGGAGAUCUGCGCGCGCAAGACGUGUGUCUUCUUGGUGCUCUUGCUUCCGCGGAAAUGCAUCUUUGAAAUGCGAGAGAACAAUCCCAAAUGUUCGGUACAAAGGGGGAGAAGAGAAGAGGGGUCUGUCGCGUCGGGGGGUUGAAAGCGUGGAGAAACCUCCGCGACACGAACAUUGCGGCUUUGUUCGUCCUUUCCAAAAAUAAAAGAACCGUUCGCCCUCUUUCUCCCCAGAGAUUUUUUUUCGUCCGACAGCCCCUCGUCUCUUUCGAAUUUCUGGUUUCUCUGGCUGGUCUCCUCGCGCUUUUUCUUCUACGUGGGUCUCCCGGCUGUCUCUGGACUGUCCCCUCCUCCUCCCCACUGCCCCUCCUCCCCCGCCCCCCCAGCGACCCCCACCGCCACACCCUCUCGUUUUUCUUGUCUCCAAAGAACGAGCAAGAUGGCGCCUCUGCGUGUGUGCGCGUUCUUGCCUCUCGUCUGUUUCGCUUUUCUGUCUCUGGCGGCGGGAGCGAAGAUCCGCAUCGACCCGAUGACCCACGACGUUGCGCUGGUCACUCAGCAGAACUGGGACGGGAAGGUCCAGAAGUUCCGAGCUCAUCAGGUCUUCGCCGUUCUGUUUUACAAGGACGGCUGCUCAGAGUGUCAAUCUCUUCUCGACGGAGAAUUCAACACGCUCGCGAAGAAGAUGAAGGGGAUGGUGGGCGUCCUCGCGGUCGACUGCGGCGAGAGCGCGAAGCUGUGCACAGACCAGAAUGUCUCCUCGUACCCAACCAUUCUCAUUUUCCCGCCUCUCCCGUUGCCGCCGUACAAAUUCGAGGGAACACCUAACUACGCGUCUUUGUCGAAGGCAGUGGGCCCUCUUAUUCCCUCCAGCGUCAUUAUCCCGACGGACAUGAAGGAUUUUGAGAAGGCGAUGGCCACUCACGUCCAGGUCCCGAAAGUGCUCGUUUUCUCCGAUAAGCCGAAAGCAUCGGUUCUUCUCAAGGCUCUCAGCACUGCCUUCAAGGACAAGCUGCACUUGGUUAUGAUCAAUGCCGAGAAGCUCCCCGAAGUCGUGAAGAAGUACCGCGUCACCAAGUUCCCGCACAUCGUCGUGACCCGGAAGGACAAGAAGGACGAAGCCUACAAAGGCGAGUUCAACUUCCAGGUGCUCUUCGACUGGCUUAACGUUUUCUCGGAGACCUUCGUCCUCGGGGGCGGCUUCUCGGACCACACGCCGAAGGCAGAGCCCUCUCCGGAAACGCAGCCGUGGAAAUUCCAAGUUAUUCCAGAGUUGACGAAGAGGUCGAACGUCGAUCUGUGCUUCAAGAAGAGUCUCAAGGCGCUCUGUGUGAUUUACUUGAAGCAAGGCCGCGAGUUGACGGCCGAGGAAACGGACAUGCUCGAGGCGCUCAAGUACCAAUAUGACAGCGGCAAAGGGCCUGACUUCCGAUUCAUGUUCAUGGACGUCGACACCGAAACUGGCUUCCGUGACUUGUUCGCCAUGGAGUCCUACCCCUCCGUCGUCGUCUUCAACCCCCACCUCAAAACGCGCUUCACCAAACUCGACGCAGACGAGCAUCUCUCCAAGGAAAGCAUCGCGAGCCUCCUGGACAAAAUCUCUUCUGGAAACGCCCGCUUCAAGGUUGUGCCAUCGAGCAAGAUGCCGUCGUUUGUGGACCGCAAGGAAGAAACAGAGAAGAAGGAGAAGGCAGACAAGAAGGACGAACUGUAAAUGGUUUCUUCGUCUGGAAAUCGAAGGGCGUUGAUGGGAAUUUUCUGUUUAUUUUGUCUUCCCAUAAAUUCUAUUUUCGACGGAACCUGACUAUCGAACGGCCUGUCCUGAAUGAACUCUUGAACUUGUCUCACCGACCUACUAGCCGCCUGAUCAUUACAUCUACCGGAUCUCUGUGUGGAAGUUCCCUUUCCUGUCUCUCCCCGUCGUACGUUUCUCCGAUAUAGAGUGGUAAAACUGAGACACUCUCUACACGCACGGGUGAAGGCGUCCCCGCGCAUGGGCAUGUAAUGCUCUGUCUGAAGAUUCUGUCGCC